UUUGAAUUAAAAUCAUAACCUAUAAAUUUUUGUCGUCAUCACCAGUCUCGUAAAUACAGUGCAUUUAUAAGUAGAGUAAUAAAUUAAAAAAAUGCCUGGACAAGACGCUGUAGCGGUUCAGUUACCGCCAGGAGAACCUGAAGAACCUUCAGCACCUUCAUCGCAGCCAAUUGUUGGCAUAAUUUAUCCUCCACCGGAGGUCAGAAAUAUUGUCGACAAGACCGCGAGUUUCGUGGCAAGAAAUGGACCAGAGUUUGAGUCGAGGAUUCGUCAAAACGAACUGGGUAAUGCCAAGUUUAAUUUCUUGAACUUUGGCGACCCAUAUCAUGCUUACUAUCAGCACAAAGUGAAGGAGUUCAAAGAAGGAAAAGCUCAGGAGCCAAGUGUUGGUAAUGUGCCGCGAGGAGUAGCUCUUGGUACUCAUCAGAAGCAGCAGGAAAUCCUAAAGUCUGUGGAACAACCGUUUGUGCCAAAAGAUCCACCAACUGAAUUUGAAUUUAUUGCUGAUCCGCCGUCAAUUUCGGCGCUUGACUUAGAUAUUGUAAAAUUAACGGCUCAGUUUGUUGCAAGAAACGGACGUCAAUUUCUGACAAAUCUGAUGAAUCGCGAACAACGUAAUUUUCAAUUUGAUUUUUUACGACCGCAACAUUCGUUGUUUCAGUACUUUACUAAAUUACUGGAACAGUAUACUAAAGUUUUGAUUCCACCAAAGGACUUACUACCGCGGUUGAGAGAUGAGUCCUAUAAUAUGGAGAAGAUAUUGGAGGAGGUAAAGUAUCGAUCUGAGUGGUUGAAGUACCAGGAAGCACAGCGUCGUAAAGAAGAGGAAGAAUUGGAACGUGAACGGGUUGCUUAUGCACAGAUUGAUUGGCACGAUUUCGUCGUCGUUGAAACUGUUGACUACCAGCAGUUUGAAGUUGGUAAUUUUCCGGCUCCGACUACUCCAGAUGAAGUCGGCGCACGUGUUUUGAUGCAGGAACGUAUUGAAGAAGGAGAGGAUGUGGAGAUGCAGAUAGAAAGUGACGGUGAUGAUGAAAUGCCGAAUCGCAGUGAUGCGGAUAAGGAACGUACGGCCAAGGACAAUAAUCAAGUGCAGGAUAUGGAGGAAGACUCAAGUGAUGACGAGUCCAACACCAUGGAAAUGCUAUCACUGGACUCUCAGAAGGCCCGAGAUGCUCGUGCUAAUCGUGACGCUAUGCAGCCACCGCCUUUGCCACCUACACCAGGCAACGUGGUCGUCAAGAAAGGAUACGAUCCAAAACAACACAGUAUUAAGGCCGCGAAACCAACGCCUACUGAUGAAUAUCUUAUUUCGCCUAUUACUGGUGAACGUAUUCCAGCAAGUAAAGUUCAAGAGCACAUGAGAAUCGGUUUGCUGGAUCCACGCUGGGUUGAACAGCGCGACAAGCACCUUGACAAACUUGCACAGGAAACAGUAUUCGCUCCUGGUACCGCGAUCGAAGCCAGUUUGAAACAACUUGCCGAGCGUCGUACUGAUAUUUUUGGUGUUGGAGAUGAGGAAACAGCUAUUGGUAAAAAGAUUGGUGAGGAAGACAAAAAGAAAGAUGACAAAGUUACUUGGGACGGUCAUACUUCCAGUGUUGAAGCAGCAACCCGAGCUGCCCGAGCGAAUAUUACUCUCGAAGAGCAGAUUCACCAGAUCCACAAAGUCAAAGGACUGCUUCCGGACGAGGAGAAGGAGAAGAUUGGACCUAAACCAGUCGUCAGUCGUGCGAGUGAGCUGUCACACAUGGCAGCAGCUGCUUCGAAACCUCAAGCAACUCUGAAAGCACCACCGAAACCCCCGGCACCCAAACCAAUGCCUGUACCAACCCAACCUCCUCCACCGCCACCGCAGCUCGCUAUUCCUCCGACAAUGGCUAUGCCUCAGCCACCAAUGAUUCCACAACCGCCGAUGAUGAUGAUGGCUCCGAUGCCUCCAAUCAGACCUCCGCCGCUCAUGACACCAGCGAUCUCUCCAUUCAUGCCCGCACCCCCGACUAUGCAGCCGCCAAUGCCUGCUCCCAUGGCCAUGAAACAUCCAGCCGACAUGCCCAUGGAAGACGAACCUCAAGCCAAGAAACUGCGCACCGAAGACUCGCUUAUCAACGAGCAGCAGUUCUUGGCACGCAACAAAGGUCCAGUACAGCUCAAUAUUGCCGUGCCUUCAAUGACCGAAAAGACCGAGUGGAAACUUCAUGGGCAAACUCUUGCCAUCACUUUGCAGCCCAAUGAGACGAUUGCUACCGUGAAAGCCAGAAUUCACGAGCAAACUGGAAUGCCUCCCGGCAAACAAAAGUUACAAUUCGAGGGAAUGUUUUUCAAAGACAGCAAUACGCUUGCCUAUUACAAUCUUAUCAGCGGCAAUGUUGUUAAUCUAUUGCCAAAAGAAAGAGGAGGGCGAAAAAAGUAA